CGACAACAUAAGAGCACACUGCAAUGGCGGAUGACCGACAAGCUGAAGUUCCACCAAGCGUUACUGAUGCUAUCCCCAGAGCUCUUUCGGCAUCAUACUCAGCAUGGCGUACCGCCGCUCAUCUCUACCUUCCCUUCAUCACCGUCGCCCUAUUCGUGAUUCUUGGGGGACCUUUUGAAACUGUGCAGGCGAACAUCGUUUGUGUUAUCCUUUCCGCAAUCCCAACGAAUUGGCUAGGAUCCUUCUUCUACCCCACAGAUCGGCCCGAACCAACUCCCAAGCAAGCCGUUCGAUUCUCUCGCAAAUGGGACAUCAAUCGUGCCGCGAUUCUCUUCACAUACCGCUGGCUGUUCGGCCGGCCAUUCGAUCUUCAGUUCUUCAUUGCCGACUUCGCGAUGAGCUACGGCAUUGGGUCUCUCGUAGGCGAACGACCCACGGGCACAAAGCAGCGGCGCAGCGAGUUCGGGGUGCAUUUGCUAUGGGUCGCGGCAAGUGCCGUCUCGAUACAACUAGCACCUUCUUUCCUGACUUACUGGUUAUAUCUGGUAGAUAGGGCGCUUUGGCGAGCAGCGUACAUUGCGCUGGUGGACGACAUUGUUGGCGUUUUGGCAAGACCGAAUCUGAAGACAUGGAAGGGCAAGAUCACAUUGGUGCUGACACAGUCCUUCGUCAUCUUGUUCAUGUGCUGGAUGCUGCUUCGCUGGAAGAGAGACUUUAUCCUGGCGUAUCAAGAUGAUGGGGACUACGAGAGCGUGGUGGCUGCACUCCAGGCCAAAGUUGACGCCGCUGAGACAGGAGGGCUGGUCGAAGACGAUGGUGAUAGAUUCUUGGUGUGAGAGGGUAUCGUAACCGCAGUCAAGACAUAAUGUGACC